AUGAGGCUCUUCAAUCUCCUUCUCCUCUGGUGCUCUGUCCUAUCCACCUACGUCCUUGCCAACAACCGCUCCCUUCCUUACGAGCUGAUAUACUUCUACUACGCGUACAAAUUCCAAUGGGAAUCCGGAGUCGAAAGAACCAUUGCUGUCGGGUGUGCCCCCUCCAGCAAUAAGGGCGAUAUGUGCUAUUUCGAUCAAUUCGUCAAGCAUCUGAUCGAAGAUAACUGGCCCUACAAUCCUCCGACAGCUGAUCACACCACGACCCCCGGCAAGGAUCAAGUAGCCGCAAUUACGCAAAAGAUCACAAGCUCAGGGCGGUACUAUUUGAAACAACUGAUGGCUCAAUUCAGCCAUGAAAUGCCCUUUACAGUCGUCCUGGAAACAAUUCUAGACGCCGCCAACACGGCUCUCAACGUGGAAAAGUACAAACCAUCGAAUGCGGAUAUCAAACAGGCGAUUAAAUCGGUUCAAACUGCUCAAAGCGAACGUUACGAGACGUACGCAGGGAUCGAAGAUGAGGCGCUCCAAAUGACUAUUCCGGCUGCUGCGUAUGACUAUGUAUCCAGUGAUGGGAAAGCAAAUUACGAUUGGUAUGAAACGCUAGAAGAUAUCGACAAGGCGGUAUAUGCUGAAAAAAUCACCAACGCGCAAGGGGAGGAGUUCAAGGCAGCAAUUCUGGACUUUUCUCAGAAUAUUGAUGCCAGAAUUUUUCCUACCCCCACUGAUGAUGAAAUAGAGCUCAUAAAGAGGCAGGGGAUUCUAGAACAUCUCCGAAAUAUCCGGGUGAUGGGUACCACGGUCAACGAGCUCAAUAAUCAUGUUGUUGCAGAAUCUGCUGCAAGUGGAGAUUCUCCCAGAGCCCCAUCCUAUUGUGGUUCUGACGAUGUCGAAUUCGCAUUCUCGGAUGGCUCAAACUCGGAAUAG